UGCCAAUUGUGAAAAAAAGUUCCCAAAAGAAUGAUCGUGAACAAACUUUCAAAUAAUAAUAAUGACAAUUGAAUUGGAUAACAAUGUGUCAAAACUCAAUAAUGUGUUUUAAAUAAAGAAUUUUUAAAAUGGACAUGUUUUUUCGUAAAAUGUUUGGCGGUUUCGAUCAUCAUUCAGGUUUUGGGAACUUUGAUGGGAAAGAUGGAUUUGAUGAUGCGUCCUUGGAUGAAAGCAUGGAUGCGUUCACAUCAGUUCAUAGUUUUUUACAAGAACAACUUAAUGAUUUGUUAGAACAUUUUAAUUUAGAUUCUAAUUUUCCAAAUGACAUUAACAGACCGUUCAGUAAUAAUAUGAUUCCUUAUAAACCAGGUACUUUACGUGAAUUGUUUUUAAAACCUGGCUUUCAAGAUUCAUGUCAAGCAAAACCAAAUGCAGACAAUGAUUUAGACGAAAGAGCUAUUCAAGGCGAUUUACCAACAUUUAUAGAUGAAGGCCCUAAUCCAAAUAACAAACAAAGUCCUCAAAGGCAAACAUCAGUAUUUAGUAGAAGCAUUAUUACCCGCACAAUUCGACAGCCAGAUGGAACAUAUGUAACAGAAAAAGUAACACGUGAUCAAGAUGGUAAUGAAGAAAAAACUGUAACUGUACAUGGUGAUAAGAGUGAAGAUGGUGGUGAUGAUUUAAAACCAUAUCGUGGACCAUUUAAAUUUUUCUUUUAAAUAAAAAAUUGUUUAUUAAUUAAAUUAUUUUUGUCAGUUAUAACUUUAU